CCGGGACAACAUGGGGCGCAAGCGGGCAGCCGGCAAGGAGUCGCGGGGAAGUGAGCCUCGCGGCCCGAAGGCCAAGGGGGAGCACUUGACCCGGCGCGAGGAGGAGGAGGCGGAUGUCUUUGAAGAUGAGAAGCCCCCAAAGAAGACCAUUCUCUCAAAAGUCUCAGGAAGGAAGAGGAAGAGAGACUGCAGUGAUCCCAGGGGCCCAGCAGAUGGUCCAGCAAAAAAGAAAGUGACCAAGGCGCCUGCUAAGUCUGAAAACCCCAAGUUGAUAAAGGAUGAAGCCCUCAGUCAUGGGGAGGGUUUCAGGGACGCUCCAGGUGCCCCCCGCCCAGAGGGGCAGGCCACAGACAAAGGCAGCCACCAAGGAGACGACAAUGACGAGGAAAGCGAAGAUGACUGGGAAGAGGUAGAAGAGCUUAGUGAGCCUGUACCAGGAGAUGUGGGAGAAAACGCAGCCUUCUCCAAGUCUGUUCUGCCCUUGAAGCCAGUGGAGAUCGAGAUCGAAACACCAGAGCAGGCAAAAGCCAGAGAGAGAAGUGAAAAGAUAAAAAUGGAGUUUGAGACAUAUCUUCGGAGGAUGAUGAAACGUUUCAACAAAGAAGUCCAUGAGAACACACACAAGGUUCACCUUCUGUGCCUCUUAGCUAAUGGCUUCUACCGAAACAGCAUCUGCGCCCAGCCGGAUCUGCUGGCAAUCGGCCUCUCCAUCAUCCCCACGCGCUUCACCAAAGUGCCUCCUCGGGAUGUGGACAUCUGCUACCUGUCAAACCUGGUGAAAUGGUUCAUCGGAACGUUUACAGUUAACGCAGACCUUUCCACCAACGAGCAGGAUCGCCUGCAGACUACCCUGGAAAGGAGGAUUGCGAUCUACUCUGCGCGAAAUGACGAAGAGUUGGUCCACAUAUUUUUGCUGAUUCUCCGGGCCCUGCAACUCCUGACCCGACUGGUAGUAUCUCUACAGCCCAUUCCCCUGAAGCUGGUGGCGGCAAAGGGGAAGAAACCAUCUAAGGAGAGAUCCACAGAGGGGCCUGGAAGUUCCUCAGAAACUUCUAACCCACUUCCAGAAAACCAGACUAAACCAAAGACCAGCAGAGGAAGCAGACGAGAGGGACCUUCCUCUCGGGGUCCAAGUGCCAAAGGGAAGAGGAGCCAGGCAGCCGCUGUUGGGAAGAACCGGCGAGAGCCCUCGUCCAGCGAGGAGGAGGAGGGCGGGGUGGGGGAGUCCGAAGAAACCCCCAGACGCCAGCCUAGCCGGGCGCGGCGGGUAGCCCCCAGGGUGUCUUACAAGGAGGCAAGCGGGAGUGAUGAGGCUGGCAAUGACUCGGACUUCCAGCCUUCCAGCGGGGACGCCGGCCCUCCAUCUGACGAGGACUCUGAGCCUGGUGCUGGGAGCGGGAGGGCCCCGGCCCUGCCGAGGAGAAAAGCCAGGUCUAAGAGUGAUUCCGGGACCCCACGGGGAGGCCACCCUCAGCACCCAGGUUCUCCAGCAGCUUCUGCAAGCUCUUCGAGCAGUAAGAAUAAGAGAGGCAAGAAAGUUUCCAGUGAAGGUGAGGAGACAGAAGGAGGGAAAGCAUCUGGUGUAGAUCAGUGGCUCGAGGUGUUCUGUGAGCAGGAAGAAAAGUGGAUGUGUGUGGACUGUGUGCACGGGGUGGUGGGCCAGCCUCUCACCUGUUACAGAUACGCCACCAAGCCUGUGACCUACGUGGUGGGCAUCGACAACGAUGGCUGGGUCCGGGACGUCACUCAGAGGUACGACCCAGCUUGGAUGACGGCGACCCGCAAGUGCCGGGUUGAUUCUGCGUGGUGGACUGAAACCUUGAGGGCGUACCAGAGCCCGCUGGUGGACAGGGCAAAGAAAGAAGACUUGGAGUUUCAGGCAAAGCACCUGGACCAGCCUUUGCCCACAUCCAUUGGCACGUACAAGAACCACCCCCUGUAUGCCCUGAAGAGGCACCUCCUGAAAUACGAGGCCAUCUACCCCGAGACCGCCGCCAUCCUCGGCUACUGUCGCGGGGAGGCGGUCUACUCCAGAGACUGCGUGCAUACCCUGCAUUCCCGGGACACGUGGCUGAAGCAGGCGAGAGUGGUGAGGCUGGGAGAAGUGCCAUACAAGAUGGUGAAAGGCUAUUCCAAUCGGGCACGGAAGGCCCGACUCGCCGAACCCCAGCUGCAGGACCAGAACGACCUGGGCCUGUUUGGCCGGUGGCAGACGGAAGAGUACCAGCCGCCUGUGGCCGUGGAUGGCAAGGUUCCCCGCAAUGAAUUCGGGAACGUGUACCUCUUCCUGCCCAGCAUGAUGCCUGUCGGCUGUGUCCAGCUGAAACUACCCAACCUGCACCGUGUGGCCCGCAAGCUGGACAUCGACUGUGUCCAGGCCAUCACUGGCUUCGACUUCCAUGGAGGCUACUCCCACCCAGUAACUGAUGGAUACAUAGUCUGUGAGGAAUACAAAGAGGUGCUCAUGGCCGCCUGGGAGAAUGAGCAGGCUCUCAUUGAGAAGAAGGAGAAGGAGAAAAGGGAGACACGGGCUCUGGGGAACUGGAAGCUGCUGGCCAGAGGCCUGCUCAUCAGGGAGAGGCUGAAACUGCGCUAUGGGGCCAAGAGUGAGGCAAUGGCUCCCCACACAGAUGCCGGAGGUGGACUCUCAUCUGACGAAGAGGAGGGAACCAGCUCUCAAGCGGAAGCAGCCAGAAUCCUGGCUGCCUCCUGGCCCCAAAACCGAGAGGCUGAAGAACAGAAACCUAAGUGCCCUAACAAGACCAAAAGGGGGAAGAAGGAGGCGGCUUCUCACCUGUUCCCAUUUGAGAAGCUGUGAUGAGUGGCUGGCACGGUGCAGCCUCCUGCCUGUGCCAGGUGGUGGCGUCUCUCAGGAAGGCACGCGCUGCGCACACAAACCCGGGUGGAAGGGCCACACCGAAGGGGGCAGGCUGGCCGGGCCCAGCCCUGAGGGUGCGGCCAGGGCCAGGGCUGGGCUUUGCUAAGCUGCUGGCUGCCUGGCGCCUUCAGCUGCAGGAGGUUCCCCGACACCCUUACCUCACAUUUCUGGGAACAGGAGUCAGUUCUUUCAUAGCUUCACCUGGGGAUCUUGGGGAAUCGCGGACAUACCUGUCCUUUCUUCAGGUAGAUUAUUCAUCUGUUGGGCAUCAGUGCUCAUCUCCCUUGCUGACUUAGGACUCCUUCUCUGUAGGCCACACUUUCCCUCCGACAGGUUCUCUCUGCUGCCUACUGCUGCCUCUGUAGAGUGGGAGAACACGAGUGGGCAGUAAGGUCCAUUCAGACCAUGGUAUUGUGGGCGGGACCCACCGAGGGGGCAGAAGAUUGGAACAAGCAAAAAUCAGAAAGAAAGGGGAAGACAGGAAUUGAAAAAGAAAUGUAGCAAAAGCGGAUCGAUGUUCAGCUAGAUUUGGUUCCUGGAUACUAUGCACUGUAGAUCCUCGAGAAAAGUAACUUUUAUAGCAGU